UUCCAUCUACAAAUUUUAGGGCAGAAUUGUAUCCCAAUAAAUUCUUUUGGAUUAUGAGAACAUGUUAAACUACUUUUAGGGGACCUGUAAUGACCAUAUUUUUGUAAAUUUUGUAUUUCACACGUCACGUGACCAAACUUAAAACGUCAUUGAAGAUUCUGAUGACAUCAGAACUCUCGGAUUGACACUGUUGACAGUUAGGCGAUAAACAACAAAUGACUAAUGUCCGUUGACAAUUCGUAUCUUCUACGAAGAGCUGGCGGCUUCCUUGCACAACGUAUCAGUAUUGCGAUACAACGAGGAAAUGCCGCCAGCAUCCUUGGUACAAUGCCUCAAGGGCCUAUUUUAAAUAUGAGCUAGUUAUAGUAAUCAUCUGUAUAUAUCCAUUAUGUAUAUUGUUAUUGUCAAUAAAUAGAUUACCCCUUUUCUAUCUUCUACGUGCGUAUGUAUUUAUGUGUUAUGUGUCAAAACGUAAACUGUGACGUCACACAAUUUUCAAAGAGCGUUUUGGGCGCGAAAGCAUCUGUCAAAAUAUAUUUUGUUAAUUUAAAGCCGUUUUUGGUAUAAAAGUUGAAUUUUAGGGCAAAUUUUAGUUAAUAUAGAACGUAAUACGAGCGUUUCAAAAAAUUGGAAACCACCCUAUUCAUAAAUAAAAGUAUGAAAUGUUUCAUCAAAAUUUUCUUAUGACGUUAUCACGCAAAAUUAUCUUCCGUAAACCGACUUUACAGACCACCAUUUUUUAAUGAGAAUAAUUAAUAUGAAGCCUGACAACAGUUUAUUUGACCCUCGCCAUUUUGCGGAUUUUCAAUUGUACUAAUUUCUUUUACUGGCAACAAGUACUCUUUGACAACGAGCGUUGGAUGUCAUCCAAUGUCACCGAUGUAAACAAACAGAACAUAUCUACAAAUAUAUUCAAAUAUAAACGGUUUUAUUACAAAAAUGCCAAUAAAAAUUUCCAAAGAUGCGAAAAAAAUUGUAGUGAAUGCAAUCAAAUACUUACAGCUUUAAAAAGACGAAGGAUUACAUAGCAUUCCAAUAAACAAUGUACCUAUAAAACAAUGUUUUAAAGUUGGUUGUUGACAUGACCGGUAUUGACAUUUUAUAGUGCGGCUAUUUUGAACUGGUUAGUUGUUUAAUGAUAUAAUGUUAGGUUGGAUGUGGGUAACGCGAGGUUGUUAUUCUGUUGGAGGUUUAGCGGUUUUGCGUGUCGUUCUUUGGCUUGUAAGAAAAGAUGGCUAUGGGCUUUUACAAAUUUACAUAUUUCCAAUAUAUAUAAGCACGUUAGUGUUAAGAUGCCUAGCUCCUUGAAAUAGGUUCGACAGCUGUGCAUUUGUUUUAUAUUUACUAUUAUUCUGAUACACUUUUUUUGUACAGUGAACAGACUGUUUACAAUCGUGCUAUUUCCCCAAAGCAAUAUGCCAUAGCGGAACAAGGUGUGGGCAUAAGCAUGGUAGGCUGUUAAAGCAGUUGUUAUAUCCGUAGUAUUUUUUAAUUCAUGCAGUGCAUACGUAAAUCGGGAUAAUCUACUAAUUAAUUGUUGUAUGUGGUCCUUACAAUUUAUAUGUGAGUCUAUAUUUAAUCCUAGCAAUGAAAACGUAUUUACAGCUUCUAACUUAUUAUUUUUAAAUGAAAUAUCUAUUGUUAAGGGUUGUUUUUGAUAAGGCCUGAACUGCAUUAGUUUGGUUUUGUUAUAGUUCUAAUUUAGAAAGUGUACUAUUAAGGCAAAAUUUACAGUUAGUAACGCUUGAGCACGGAAACAACCGAUAUAUCAAUUGCAAACAAAACGCUUGGUGAAUCUAUAAUUUUUGGUAGAUCGUUUAUAUAAAUAAAAUUACCUACGUGCAAUUCGGACUAGAAGAAAAAAACCCGAUUACAGCGCUACGGCAAGAAUCGGAACUAGUUUAUCGCCAUAUUUUGUGAUGGCGACUGAUAUUUAUAGAUCGUAAGGGUGUUGUUUUUUAUCAAUAGUAAAUGAUCUAAAAUGGAGGAAACAAAAGUUAUUUACUACAUAGAUGACGAGGAGACGCCGUAUUUAGUAAAAAUCCCCAUAUCCCCGGAGAAAGUGACGUUGGUAGACUUCAAGAACCAGUUGAAUAGGCCGAACUACAAAUUUUUCUUCAAAUCUAUGGACGAUGAUUUCGGUGUUGUUAAAGAAGAAAUUGUUGAUGACAACGCUCAUCUGCCGUGUUUUAACGGUCGUGUUGUGUCGUGGCUGGUGUCUGCGGAAGGCUCUAACCCGUCCGACGGUGCAUCUCAGUGCACCGACAGCAAUGCAGGGAAAGCGAAGACGGCCGCCCACGGGGCUCCUUCGGCGCCUCUCACACGGGACACCUGCACGGAUACGGACAGUACGAUAAGUUCCCGCCCCGGCCACAGAGCGUCAUGCGACAAAUACAAAUAUAGGGGCUUGAGGAUAAAUGGUCAUUCCAAGUAUGGCAACCAUGGUUUGGAAUACGAAACAGCCUCUGUCCUUAGCUCUGACUUGGACUCUACGAGUCUCUUCGAUAGCCAAUCAGAGAUCACCACAACAACAGGGAGACACACAAAUGCCUCAGUAGACAGAGCACUAACUGAAUGCAGUAGUGUAUCUCAUCUACAAGUCAGUAACAGAAAAAGACCUCAGCGGAGACGAAAACGACCACAAGUGAUGUCUAGAACCUCGUCCUACUCAUCUAUUACGGACUCUACAAUGUCCAUGCACAUUAUAACGGUGACAUUAAACAUGGAUACAGUGAAUUUUCUUGGUAUAUCAAUAGUGGGACAGUCAAAUAAGGGUGGAGAUGGUGGCAUCUAUGUUGGGAGUAUUAUGAAGGGAGGUGCAGUGGCCCUGGAUGGAAGGAUAGAGCCUGGAGACAUGAUACUGCAGGUGAACGACGUGAACUUUGAAGACAUGACCAACGACGAAGCAGUGCGCGUGCUGAGGGAGGUGGUGCAGAAACCGGGGCCGAUCAAGCUGGUGGUGGCCAAAUGCUGGGACCCAAACCCCAAGGGGUACUUCACGAUACCAAGAACUGAGCCUGUCAGGCCUAUUGACCCUGGUGCCUGGGUCGCGCACACACAAGCGCUCCGCGAAGCGUACCCGCCGCCGCCGCCGUCGCUGUCGGCGCUGCCCGUGUCGUCGGUGUCGGAGCGCGGCGCGUCGGACGCCAGCACGCUGCCGGCGGGCGGCCUGGAGCCGCAGCUGUCCGUCAGCUGCGACAUGGCGUUGGUGGUGCGGGCCAUGCUGCGGCCGGACUCCGGUCAGUCAGCUACACCCCUCCCACAGUGCUGUCUCUGUCCCCCCUCCGCCGUCCCUCUCGGCCCUCCCCGUGUCGUCGGUGUCGGAGCGCGGCGCGUCGGACGCCAGCACGCUGCCGGCGGGCGGCCUGGAGCCGCAGCUGUCCGUCAGCUGCGACAUGGCGUUGGUGGUGCGGGCCAUGCUGCGGCCGGACUCCGGUCAGUCAGCUACACCCCUCCCACAGUGCUGUCUCUGUCCCCCCUCCGCCGUCCCUCUCGGCCCUCCCCGUGUCGUCGGUGUCGGAGCGCGGCGCGUCGGACGCCAGCACGCUGCCGGCGGGCGGCCUGGAGCCGCAGCUGUCCGUCAGCUGCGACAUGGCGUUGGUGGUGCGGGCCAUGCUGCGGCCGGACUCCGGUCAGUCAGCUACACCCCUCCCAUAGUGCUGUCUCUGUCCCCCCCUCCGCCGUCCCUCUCGGCCCUCCCCGUGUCGUCGGUGUCGGAGCGCGGCGCGUCGGACGCCAGCACGCUGCCGGCGGGCGGCCUGGAGCCGCAGCUGUCCGUCAGCUGCGACAUGGCGUUGGUGGUGCGGGCCAUGCUGCGGCCGGACUCCGGUCAGUCAGCUACACCCCUCCCAUAGUGCUGUCUCUGUCCCCCCUCCGCCGUCCCUCUCGGCCCUCCCCGUGUCGUCGGUGUCGGAGCGCGGCGCGUCGGACGCCAGCACGCUGCCGGCGGGCGGCCUGGAGCCGCAGCUGUCCGUCAGCUGCGACAUGGCGUUGGUGGUGCGGGCCAUGCUGCGGCCGGACUCCGGUCAGUCAGCUACACCCCUCCCAUAGUGCUGUCUCUGUCCCCCCUCCGCCGUCCCUCUCGGCCCUCCCCGUGUCGUCGGUGUCGGAGCGCGGCGCGUCGGACGCCAGCACGCUGCCGGCGGGCGGCCUGGAGCCGCAGCUGUCCGUCAGCUGCGACAUGGCGUUGGUGGUGCGGGCCAUGCUGCGGCCGGACUCCGGUCAGUCAGCUACACCCCUCCCACAGUGCUGUCUCUGUCCCCCCUCCGCCGUCCCUCUCGGCCCUCCCCGUGUCGUCGGUGUCGGAGCGCGGCGCGUCGGACGCCAGCACGCUGCCGGCGGGCGGCCUGGAGCCGCAGCUGUCCGUCAGCUGCGACAUGGCGUUGGUGGUGCGGGCCAUGCUGCGGCCGGACUCCGGUCAGUCAGCUACACCCCUCCCAUAGUGCUGUCUCUGUCCCCCCUCCGCCGUCCCUCUCGGCCCUCCCCGUGUCGUCGGUGUCGGAGCGCGGCGCGUCGGACGCCAGCACGCUGCCGGCGGGCGGCCUGGAGCCGCAGCUGUCCGUCAGCUGCGACAUGGCGUUGGUGGUGCGGGCCAUGCUGCGGCCGGACUCCGGUCAGUCAGCUACACCCCUCCCAUAGUGCUGUCUCUGUCCCCCCUCCGCCGUCCCUCUCGGCCCUCCCCGUGUCGUCGGUGUCGGAGCGCGGCGCGUCGGACGCCAGCACGCUGCCGGCGGGCGGCCUGGAGCCGCAGCUGUCCGUCAGCUGCGACAUGGCGUUGGUGGUGCGGGCCAUGCUGCGGCCGGACUCCGGUCAGUCAGCUACACCCCUCCCAUAGUGCUGUCUCUGUCCCCCCUCCGCCGUCCCUCUCGGCCCUCCCCGUGUCGUCGGUGUCGGAGCGCGGCGCGUCGGACGCCAGCACGCUGCCGGCGGGCGGCCUGGAGCCGCAGCUGUCCGUCAGCUGCGACAUGGCGUUGGUGGUGCGGGCCAUGCUGCGGCCGGACUCCGGUCAGUCAGCUACACCCCUCCCAUAGUGCUGUCUCUGUCCCCCCUCCGCCGUCCCUCUCGGCCCUCCCCGUGUCGUCGGUGUCGGAGCGCGGCGCGUCGGACGCCAGCACGCUGCCGGCGGGCGGCCUGGAGCCGCAGCUGUCCGUCAGCUGCGACAUGGCGUUGGUGGUGCGGGCCAUGCUGCGGCCGGACUCCGGUCAGUCAGCUACACCCCUCCCAUAGUGCUGUCUCUGUCCCCCCUCCGCCGUCCCUCUCGGCGCUGCCCGUGUCGUCGGUGGCCUGCCUAGAUAUACUACAUACCUAGUAAAUUUAAUUACAAAAUUUCCGUGAAAUACAAACGUAUUAAAUAUAUUUAAAAUGGGU